GGCCCCUGGGGGCCCCCCCGCCCGGCCCCUUGGCUCACUGAGCUGCCGCAGACGGCCGGGGCAGUGGCCCGCCCGGACCGGGCAGCGCCCCACCGCGCCGCCGUCCCGCGGGCACCAGACGGCCCGGGCCGCCCCCCUCCCCGGGGCGAGCUGCCAGGUGUCGGCGCUGGGCGCCCGGGACGAGGAGAGGCUGCUGGAGGUGGUUGGGGGGACGGCGAGCGCAGCCUCUACCCCUACACCUGGCUCAGAGACAACUGCCAGUGUCCGGCCUGCACCCUGCAGUCGGCCCGGGCCCGCAGCCUGCUGUUCUCCCAGCUGGACGUCCACACCGGGCUGCAGGAGGUGCAGCUCGCUGGGGACAACCAGGUGUCCAUCUUGUGGCCCGACCACCACGUCAGUCGCUUUGAGCUGCAGUGGUUGCGGAGACGCUGCUUCUCUCCGGCUGCCAGGCAGGCGAUGCAAGAAGAGCUCUUCAUCAACGAGCGGAGCCACUGGGACUCGGAGCUCCUGAUCCCCAGCGCCAGCUUUGAGGAGGUCCUGACGGACGAUAAGGCGGCCCUGGACUGGCUGCUGGCGCUUCGGCGCGUGGGCGUGGUCUACCUGCGGGGGGCGCCGUCGGAAAGAGGCCAGGUGGCCCGACUGAGCGAGCGGAUUGGAUUUCUGAGGAUGACGUUCUACGGCCCAACUUGGCAGGUCCAGGACAAGGCGAUGGCGGUCAAUGUAGCCUACACAGCGGGUGACCUCAGCCUCCACACAGACUACCCUGCGCUGCACCAUCCGCCUGGAGUCCAGUUCCUGCACUGCAUCCAGCAGGCGGAGCUGGGGGGCGAGAGCGAGGUGGUGGACGGCUUCCACAUGGCCGAGGUCCUGCGGAGAGAAGACCCGCAGGCCUUCCGGACCCUCAGCUCACUCAGGGUGGACUUCUCUGACAUGGGAGAGGACUACUGCGACUUCAGGGUGCAUUCCAAGAACCACAUCAUCGACGUGGACUGUGAGGGUCAGGUCUCCAGGAUCAACUACAACAACGCCACCAGAGACUCUGUGAUGGACCUGCCCCUGGAUCAGGUCCAGGAGUUCUACAGAGCGCUGAAGGCCUAUGUGGACAUCAUGAACCGCCCAACCAACGUGGUGACAUACCGCAUGGAGCCAGGCGACAUCGUGACCUUUGACAACUGGCGGCUGCUCCACGGGCGUCAGAGCUACACCAGCUCCAGCGAGAAGCGGCGCCACCUGGAGGGGGCGUACCUGGACUGGGACGAGGUCAUGUCCCGCCUUCGGAUCCUCCGCCAUGCCGUCGGACGCGAGGACCGGCACUGAGCCUCCAGCCUCCAGCUAGCAGAGCCUCCAGCCUCCAGCUAGCAGAGCCUCCAGCUAGCAGAGCCUCCAGCUAGCAGAGCCUCCAGCUAGCAGAGCCUCCAGCUAGCAGAGCCUCCAGCCUCCAGCUAGCAGAGCCUCCAGUCUCCAGCUAGCAGAGCCUCCAGCCUCCAGCUAGCAGAGCCUCCAGUCUCCAGCUAGCAGAGCCUCCAGCCUCCAGCUAGCAGAGCCUCCAGCUAGCAGAGCCUCCAGCCUCCAGCUAGCAGAGCCUCCAGCCUCCAGCUACCAGAGCAUCCAGCUGAAAGAAGCAUCGAACUAGCAGAGCCUGGAGCUAGCAUAGCCUCGAGUUAGCAGAGCAUUGCGCUAGCAGAGCUAGGAGAUCGACCGGACACCUGAGGUAAACAUCGCAAUCACAAAUAACGCCACAGGACCAUGCUGAAUACCAAGUGAAUACCAAACGAAUACCAAAGGAAUACCCCAUUAAGACCUAAUGAAUACCAUACAUACCAUGUGUAUGGAGUAAAACCUGCCUUAGAUUUAUAAAGUAACAAUUGUAUCUUAUCUAAAUAAAUUUAGAAACUACAAAAAGGUAAAUUUUUGUCAGGGGAAAGGCCAGAAAGGCAACCAGCAACACAGAUCUAUAUUUUUUCAUUCUAAGUUUUAGAUUUAAGAGGUGUGGCAAUAUAGUUUGAGUGGUGAUUUUUCUAAAUUUAAAUUAUUUUUCUAGGUGUUCACACCCCAUGGCAAGUGUAUUUUAAAUGCCUUGUAUAUUUUCUAAUGAAGUUAAAAAAAGUAUUUAAGCGUUAAGAUUUUGACUCAAAAGUUACAAUUUCUUCGUAGAUAAAUGUAGAGAUGAAUACAAAAGUAAUACAAUGUAAAGUGAACUUUCAUUUAUUAACAAUGGCGUCAAGUAUGUAUGUAUGAUGAGAUGCAUGUAAAACAAUAAAACAUCCCAUUUGGAAUGAGACGAUGCAUUAUGAGUGGAUGGUGUUCUUACAAUGAGAAUUAGUCAAAAGAUUCCACCUGUUUUAUUGGAAGGCUCCAGGUCAAUUUCUGGGACUCGCGCUGCAAUCUCCACAGCAUUGGGACUCGAUUAGACCCGAGUUAUCGGAGAACCAGGUUAUCAGUGAGUUAUCAGUCACUGAUCAUGACCGGUCAAUGAGUGACCUGGGAUUGGACUGAAACCCUCACUCGGAGCGGCUUUCUGUCCACCGUGGAGC